UUUUCUCCACACUCUCAGCAGUUGGAUGCCAGCCGUGGUUGAGUCAGUCAGAUAUAUCCAAUUUAUUGGAUCGCGUCGCGCUCUGCACCAUCUAUAUAAACAGAUACAGACAUUCUUAUAUGUAAUUGCACUUCUGAAAUACAUAAAAAUAAUAUCGGAAAAUAAAGAAUAAAUCGGUGGAAAGUGUAUUGUCCAACAAUUUGAGCAACUGCAAAACGAUAAGCAUAUAGAAAAUUGCAAGCGAAAGUGAUAUAAUUACCCAGAGGCAUAUUUUCAUAAGCGGAAUAUGAACGCCUCGUUGGCCAGUUAAAAAUAGAUGGCCAUAGCAUGAGCACGAGCAUGAGCACGAGCACAAAGAUAGAUCGCGAAAGUAGCGCACGGCUGCGGCUGGACAUGAUGGAGCAGCCAGUGGACGCCAGGCAGCAGCAGCGCCAUCGACGCCGCCUAGGUCGCAGCCACCGUGAGCCGACGCCCGUCACCGAUGUCCUGCCGCAGGACGAUGCCAGUCCCGAACACUUCCCGGAUCCCUCACCCCAAAUGGUGCGCAUGCAGAUACGACCGCCUGGCACUCUGUCCGCCCACGAGAGCAAGAUCCUGCGGAAGCGGGACAAGAGCUUCGCCAGCUCCACGGCACGCAGUCAAUCGCAGCCGCGUGAGGCCGAGAAGCUGAGUAGUCCGGAUGCCAAUCAUCUCAUCAAGCAUCGCAGUCUAUCCUCGCCGCGCCACAAGGAGGAGUCUAGCGAGAGUGAGCUGACCACCGGCAGCAGCAGCCAGCAGCAGAGGGCCAUGGCCAUCCCGAAUCUCGGCCAGACCCAGGAUACCCUCACCCGAUUGGAGCAGAAUCUGCAGCGGUUCGAGGACGAACGCAGGCGUUUCGAUGCCGAGAAACGGCUCUUUGAGCGCGAGAAGCGGGAGCACAAGAUGCGCCACCGCCAGCAGCUGGACAAUGAGGAGAGGAAACGACUCCUGCAGAGCUACCGCAAGCUCAGCGAUCGCAUCCAGCUGCCGCAGGACGAGGAGGAGCGCCGCCGGCUCAUCCACAGCCUGCGGUUUCAGAGGCAGGAGGCACCCAAGGUUCGGGCACGGAAUCGCAGCAGCGGCUACGAGGAAUCCUCCACCCAGUUCAGCUCCUCCGAAGCUGAGGCGAUGGAGGAGAUUCAUGCCAGGCCACGACCCCCCAAGAUUCCCCAGGGCUAUGUGGCAGCUCCGAUUCGAGGAGCCCCACCACCACCACCAUCACAAGCUACUGCCCCACCCAAACCACCGGAAAGACAGUCCGUGAGUCGCAACAACUCUCUGUCGCCCGUGAGACCCCAACGAAGGUCCAAGACUCCGGAGCAACGGCAGGAGAUCAGCCGGAAGCACGAGUACGUGGAGGUGGGCGAGUCUAGAGCAGAGGUGCCAAAGCCCAGGAUCACGGAGGCGGAACAGCAAUCAGAGCUGAUGCAGAAGUACAUGGAGGCAGCCGAGCGGGCGGAAAAGGCAGAGGCUGCUCUGGCGGCCCAAAAUCUGGCGGCGGAGGGAGUGCGUCGCAGCCACAGCUUGAGAUUGGCCGAAAAGGAAGAGAAGCCGCCAAAGCGCAGUUCCAGCUUAGAGCGUCCGCUGAGAGCCAGCCAGAGAUCGGGCGGCAGUCUGGAAAGGGGUGGCCAAGGUGAGGAGCCUCUACCCGCCGAAGAAUCUAUUCCCGAACCAGAAGCUGAGCCAGAAGCAGACCAGAUGCCAGAUCCAAAACCCGAACCCAAAUCAUCCCUCUGGCAGCGAAUAAAAAAUAUAUUCCGACGAAAGAAGGUGGUUAAAAGUAAAGAUGUCACAGAUUUACCCACAGUAAGCCAGCCGGAGAAGUUGACCUCCAGGACCUUUCUCUACCACCUACGGGUGGAAGCCGCUCAUGAGUGGCGGCGCCUGAAGUUGGACUACCCCCAGCGGGUGGAGGAGCUGCGUCAGCUGCGCAACAAGUGCAUUGCCUACCUCAUCUGCCUGACCAUGCUGCUGGGAUUCGGAGGACUCAUGUUUCGCUAUACGGAGGGCGCCUCGGAGGACAUCUACAAGUGCGAGGUGCGCAAGGUCAAGCGGGAUUUCGUCGACAAACUCUGGGACGUCAGCCACAACAUGAGAGAGGAGGACUGGAAGUCUCUGGCGCGUCAGAAGCUGCGCAAAUUCGAGGACGAACUGAAUACCCUGGCCGAGCUGGGACUGCGCCGUUUUCCGGGCCAAAAGUCAUGGAACUUUGUCAAUUGCUUUAUCUUCUGCUGGACCGUAAUCACAACCAUAGGAUACGGCCACAUCACACCAAAGACGAACCUGGGAAGAUCGCUGACCAUCGUCUACGCCAUCAUCGGCAUCCCCAUGUUCCUGAUCGUGCUGGCCGAUCUGGGAAAGCUCUUCACGCGCUGCGUCAAGUUCCUGUGGGCGUAUGUGCGGCGUGUGUACUACACUCGAUCCUGCCGGAGGAUCCGGAAGCAGCAGCAGAUCCGUGAUGCGAUGACAGGGUUCAACACAGUCUACGACAUGGCCAUUCGACGGCCCAGCAUGUUCUUUGGGAAGUCGGGUGAGGAGAACGACGAGGAGUCGCAGGCAGAUGCGGAGGCAGGCCGAUCGCUGGGCACCUCGCACCCGGAGACGCCCACGUCGCCGUAUCCGGAGACCUUCGAGGUGGACGACGAGUUCAACCUGCCGGUGUCGGUGGCCUCGCUCCUGCUCAUCUCGUACAUCCUGCUGGGCACCUUCGGCUACACACUGGUGGAGUCGGAAUGGUCACCCCUGGACGCCUUCUACUACGUCUUCAUCUCGAUGUCCACCAUUGGCUUUGGCGAUUUGGUGCCCGGCAAUCCCUUCUACGUGAUGGUCAGCAUGAUUUACCUGAUCUUCGGCCUGGCCCUCACCUCCAUGUUCAUCAACGUGGUGCAGAUCAAGCUGAGUGACCACUUCAAGCGGGCCAGUGCCAAGGUGGGCGCCACCAUCGGCAUGAACAUGGCCAGCGAGUUCGGGGAUGAGGGCGGCUCGCAGGUAAAGACGCCCUCGGAACUGGCCUCGGUGCACGGUUCGCGGCUGGACAGGAUCGAGGAGGAUGGUCAGGAGGCGAACGGCCACGGUAGCUCCCCCCUGCCACCGCUGACCUCCAUCCUGCGUGCCCCACGUCCUCUUUCGCCAGCUUUUAGCACGGUGGAUGCCAAUGGCGAUGGAGCUGGAGCUGGAGAUGCUGAUGGCAAUGUCAGUCCGCCGCCUCUGCUGCCCAGGCGACAGGUAUCCGUGGAGCCACAGCCGCCGGCGGAGGGGGAGAACAAGAAGAAGAAGAAGCAUAGAUUCUUCUAGGGACCCCCACAAAAAUUUAAAAAAAAAAAACCUGACAACCUUUACUGCUAGGGAACCUCAUAAAUGACAUGGCAAUUUCAAUCGAAUUUACCAGAACGCUGUUCUGAGCGAAGAUAUAUUUUCAUUUAAUUUGUUAUUUAAUUUUACUUAUCACAAUCGUAGGCUAAGACUAAUGUUAAUGAAAUAAAACAGGCGAGCUGACAACGCA